CACCCGACGCAAAUAUUACAAGCUAUUACGAUGAAGAUACAAGAAUUCACGGCCCCAGAGGCCUUCGCUUAUCGCAUCAAACACAACGGCGGCCCGAACAAAUAGCCUCCACUUGGCGCACUGAAACCCCCUCAACACUCAGGUCAAGGGUGUGGGAAACUGUGGGGGUGGCCAGAGGAGCGUCUGAUGGCAAAUACAUACAAAUAAAAGUUAUGUCGUACAACGUCUUAGCGCAAGGCCUGUUAGAAAAUCACUCGUAUCUACUUGAACGUUGUGAGCUCGAAUAUCUGCUGUGGGAGAACAGGUCCGAACUGCUCUACGAAGAAAUUAUAGACCAGUCGCCCGAUAUAUUGUGUAUCCAAGAGUUAGAAUCGACAUAUCUGAAUAGCUUUUUUUCAAGAUUUGAAGAAAUCGGAUAUUACGGUCUGUACAAGAAAAAAACUAGCAGAGGCAUCGAUGGCUGCGGGAUUUAUUUUAAAAAAGAUUAUUUUAAAUUGGAAGAUGUUGUUGACGUAGAGUUCUAUCAGCCGAAGGUAUCGAUACUGAACCGUCACCACGUCGGUAUUAUCGCUAAGCUGUCGUCGUUCAGCAUGCCCGAGAAGCCUUUCGUGGUGGCGAACACGCAUCUUCUACACAACCCCAAGAAAGCACUCGUGCGACUAGCACAGUUGAGAAUAUUCCUUGCUGAGAUCGAUCGAGUCUCUUAUGUAUUUAACGGACGGGAUUCAGGGUACCUCCCUAUCAUAUUAUUAGGAGACUUUAAUUCUUACCCCGACAGUCUCGUCGUGCAGUUACUCAACGAAGGCCAAGUUAAUACACGUCUAGACUUUAAUAACAAUGAGUGGACUGAUAUUGGCAUCACGGAUAACUGUCAGCAUUUGUCGGUGUAUUUAAACAGGAAGGAAGGACGACAUACAAGUUUCAGUGAGGUUCAGAUAUAUAACUCUGUGUACAGCAAGGAGUGGCGCAUGUACGAGCCACAAGCCCCGACAAAGCAAUAUCAUCACACGUGGUUCAGCGAAAUGUUCACCAGCGGGAUUCUCUCACAACCAUUUCACUUCCGAUCCGUAUACGAUACAAGGAGAAGAAAAAAUAAUUUCUACACUGAAGCGUCCAAUGGCAAAGAUUAUAUAGUAGUGGAUUACAUUUAUUAUAAUGCGUGUAGCGGCUUGCGGCCCUUGGAACGGCUUCAUCAAUAUACUGAUCAAGAAAUCAAGGAAUUUGGCAAACUGCCGAAUAAUGUGUUUGGGUCCGACCAUAUCUCGCUCGUGGCGGUCUUCGAGCUAAGCUCUAAAAGGCCAUACUAGUUGCUGUCGGUUGGAUACUUUUGUGUUCGUAAGUACCUACUCAACUCAACUAUUUUAUACAAUUUACAAAAUUGACUCCAUUUGUACUAACAGUGCAAUUAUUAGGUGUUACAUACUUCGUAAACGUUUUAAAAGUUGAUGUUAUUA